AUGAGAAGAAUAAGAUCUGUAUUAGCAUCUAAUUAUUAUCAUCCUGAUGGAAAGAAGAAGAAGCCUUCUCAACAAUUACUGAAUAAACAUGGAUCCUAUACACAUGAUAAUUCAGAUGAUGGAAAUUCAAUCUAUGAAGCUAAUCAUGAAGAAGAAGAUGCUCGUUCGAGUACGACCUUUGGAACCAGUACAACAUUACCCGAUGAUCUCAUUCAUCCUCAUCAACAACAACAUGAUUCAAACUCAUUGAAACCUCCAAUCAGUCUGACUACGAGUUUAUUAUUGGGAGUUCUUUCGAAACAACAACAACCACUCGUUGGAGACAUUUCAACGACGACGACGACUACGACGGAACAAAAAGAUUUUGCAUCACAACUUGUCGAAGAAGGUGCACGAAUCACAAAAUCUUGUCAUUCCAAUGCUUCGAAUACUUUUACUACUACCACUCAUGCAGAAGAGGAAUAUGGAGUGUCUUCUCCACUCAUGUCUGGCAAUUCGCUGAACUAUCAACAACAAAGAAAAUAUCAUCUUUGCAUCAUAAUUAUGAUUCACUGUCUCCGAGAACAAGUUCCACAAUUGUCAUGCCAUCCAUUGUUUUGA